CGAAUUAAGGAAGUGUGUAUGAAGUUGGGUUUCAUUUUCUUGUUUAUGAGGAAAUACUUUUGACGUUCACGUGGGCGCAGUAGCAGCACUGGCGGCCGCGACACGGACUCAGCGUGCACCUUGACCCGGAGGAUAUCCUGUGCUGUCUCAGCAGUUGGAACGUAAGCGCUCCAAAGCCGACACAAGACAGAAAGAGCUUUGUGACUUUCUGCACUUUUAUCAAGAUUUAAGAUUUCUACAAACCAAAAACAGGAGACAGGAAACUUUCAGGCUUUGACAAUGAUGGAAGAGGUGCAAGAAGGGACAUCCGCUCCUAGUGUCCAUGGUCAUAACAUCAAGGUGACAGAGGUGCUGAUAGACGGGGACACACUCACCUUUCUGAUAGUUUCUCAAAAGCUUUCUGGGACGGGGGAGUACCAUGUGUACCGGAUCUAUGAAGAUUUGGAAUGGCUGCAGCACCACCUGUUCUCUCAGGAGGACGUACCCGGGAUACAGGGGGUCAUAUUUCCUCCUAUUCCUGCAAAGCCUCAGGUGAAUGCAUCUGCCAAGGUUAUGAAACAGCUUGGUUUCCUUGGUUUGGGAGAGUGGCAGCCGUACUGUAAAGCACUGGAAACCUUCCUGCGGCAGGUUGCUUCACACAGCAUGCUGAAGAAGAAUAAAGCUGUGGAGAUCUUCCUCACCAGUGCAGAUCCUCCAGGUCGACAAAGAGUGAGGAAGAACAUCUUCAACCGGCUGAGUCAGGCUGUGGGAGAGAUGAGGAAAGAAGGCCACAAGGACGUGGAUGAGUUCUUUCAAGCGGCUCGGGACCAGAAUCUCAUUAUGACUGGCUACACCAAGAGCGCAGCAGAGAGAUUCCUGGAUGUGGUGCUAACUGAGCAAAAAAUAGCAGUGGCCUGUGGGCACUUCUCUGCUGCUCUGCAUCUCUGUGUGGAAGCUGGGGAGGAUCCGGACAAACAGGCUUUUUCAAGGAUUUGUGUGAAAUUAUCAGAAGUCUUUGAAUCCAUGAAGAAAAACAUGAUGAGCACUGCAGAGAACAAUGUGAGCACUCUCGGGCUCGGCCUCGACCUGGAGUCACGCUACCAGGAGGCAGAGAAGGAAAUGCUGUUCAGGAGAACCUGUAAACUGGCCGAGUUGGAGACUGCGAGGAGGAACGCAGAGAAGGCCAAACCUGUGAAGAUGGCUGCUAUGGAGGAGGUGAAGAAAGCAGCAGAGAUGGACUUCAAUCACAUUUGUGGAGUUGCUAAACAGGAGAUUGCGAGGUUUGAGGGGGUCCGUGUGGAGAUGCUGCAGCAGGCUCUGGUUCAGUGGUGCGAAAAGCAGCUUCUUACAGCAAGAGAAAGUGCUGACCAGUUCGACCAGUGCCUUCAAGGCUUUAGGGGGAUGGCCUAGUGACCUCACUAGCGCCCUCUUCAUAAAGCACCCUCAGUGUAUGUCCAAACAUAGCAUAGCAUGGAAAAACACUGAACACGUCCUUCACCCUUUGUACUGGAGCAUGGUGCUUUUUUUUUAUUCAGUUGCAUCCAGUGUAAAUAACAAUGUUAUUGCAAUUUUUGAAACUCUUCUCACGAUUAAACAGUAUCCCCAAAAUGUGUGCAUACUCUCAACUCUGUAGUUUUCUUUUUCCUUUCUCCCUUCCUUCCUUACUUUCCCUCAAUCUCUCCUUACACUUACCAAUAAAGCUCUGGCAGAGAUGAUUGAUUUUAGAUCCUAGCUGUGGCCUUGUCGUCUGCUCAGGCUAUCGUGUGUGUGUGUGCGUGUAUGUGUACGUACGCACGCGUUCUAUGCCACAUUCAUAGAUUUGUGCUGAGAGUGUAUUGUGCUGCUGCUCUCAAGCCACUACAUCAGCUGGGGUCACACAAAAUAAAGUGUGAUGAAUUGAUUCCCAAAGUA